AUGGUCAAGGGAUUACAUUACUCACAUGCCUAUGGGAGAUAUACCGACAAGCAGAGGUACGACGGGUGGUACAAUAAUCUGGCGCAUCCGGAUUGGGGAUCUGUUGAAAGCAGGUUGAUUCGAAAAGUGCCCGCUGCUUAUUCAGACGGGGUUUACAUGAUGGCGGGGCAGGACAGGGCAUCCCCGAGGAAAUUGAGUGAUUUGUUCAUGCGAGGGGCCGAUGGAAUUGCCUCUGUAAAGAACAAAACAGCUCUAUUCGCCUUUUUCGGGCAACUUGUAACCGCUGAAAUAGUGAUGGCGAGUGAGAGUGGAUGUCCCCUGGAGCUUCAUCGAAUAGACGUAGAGAAAUGCGAUAGAAUGUUCGAUAGAGACUGCCAGGGGAGCAAGUACAUCCCGUUCUUGCGGGCUGAUUACGACAGGAAGACUGGCCACAGUCCCAAUAGCCCUCGGGAACAGCUGAACAAGGUGACCAGUUGGAUCGAUGGGAGCUUCGUUUACUCCAGCAGCGAGGCCUGGGCGAACACCAUGAGGUCCUUCGUAGACGGGAGCUUUCUCAUCGAACCGAUCAGGCAGUUUCCAGUCAGGAAUACCAUGAGGGCUCCGCUCUUUAAUCAUGCCGUGCCCAGCGUUAUGAGGACUAUGCUGAGUCCUGAGAGACUUUUUCUUCUGGGCGAUCCUCGAUCCAACCAGCAUCCAGCCCUCCUAGCCUUCGGGAUAAUUUUCUACCGCUGGCACAACGUGAUGGCAUCGAGAGUUAAAGCUCAGAACCCAGAAAUGUCGGACGAGGAAGUCUUCCAGAGAGCGAGAAGAAUCGUUGUGGGAACGAUUCAGAACAUAAUAAUGUACGAGUACCUCCCAGAACUCCUGGGGGAGCAGCUGCCGGAGUACACUGGCUACAAGCCAGACCUGCACCCAGGCAUUUCCCACAUGUUCCAGAGUGCGGCCUUUCGGUUUGGCCACACGAUGAUCCCCCCCGGGAUCUACCGGAGGGACGAGAACUGCAACUUCAGGCCAACUCGGAGCAGCAAACCCGCCAUUCGCUUGUGCACCACUUGGUGGAACUCCAAUCAAGUUCUAUCCAAUUCCACGGUUGAGGAGUUGAUGAUGGGGAUGGGGUCGCAGCUGGCAGAGAGAGAGGACAAUCUGCUGAGCAACGACAUCAGGAAUAAUUUGUUCGGCCCUCUGGAGUUCUCCAGACGGGACCUGGGGGCCCUCAACAUCAUGAGGGGACGGGACAACGGCCUUCCGGACUACAACACCGCGAGGGUUCACUUCAAAUUGCCCAGACGGACCUCUUGGAACGAAAUCAAUCCCGAACUCUUCAACAAGAACCCAGAGUUGCUGAGAAAUCUCAUGGAGAUUCACUCUAAUAAUCUGGACAACAUAGACGUUUACGUCGGGGGAAUGCUAGAGUCCACGGACGGACCCGGGGAAUUAUUCUCAGCCGUCAUCAGAGAGCAAUUCCUGAGACUGAGGGACUCGGACCGCUUCUGGUUCGAAAACGCCGACAACGGGAUCUUCACGAAGAGCGAGAUAGAGGAGAUUAAGAGGGUGAGACUGUGGGACGUCAUCGUGAACUCCACGAAUAUAAGCGAGGCUGGGAUUCAGAGGAAUGUCUUCGUUUGGAGGGAGGGGGAUCCCUGCCCCCAGCCUGACCAGCUCACUGGGGAGAUGCUGGACCCUUGCGUUCCUCUCAGGAGAUACGACUAUUUCGAGGGAAGCGAGCUGGCUUACAUUUACGCCUGUGUCUGCCUAGGUUUCAUACCGAUUUUAUGCGCGGGAGCCGGAUAUGGCCUCGUCAAGCUGCAGAAUCGCCGCAGACGACGUUUGAAAAUCGUUCAGGAGGCGAUUAAAAAGCGAAGUGGCGCUGGCAAUGUUACGUCGGCAAAUGUACACGGAAGAAUAUCCGUCGACAAGAUGAUUGUCAGAGAGUGGCUGCACGCUAAUCACAAGCGUUUGGUCAAAGUGAAAUUUGGCCCGGAGGCCGCACUUCACAUUGUCGAUAGGAAGGGGGAAAACUUGAGGACUUUUGAUUUUGGGGGGGUCAAUGUUGUCGGUGUUGAGGAGUCACAGGGGGGUGAUAAUGGGAAGGCACUGAUUCUCCUCAGAAUUCCACGCGAUUACGAUCUCGUCCUUGAGCUAGAUUCGCUCAGCUCUCGUGCCAAGUUUAUCGCUAAAUUGGAGACGUUUCUCACUUCUCACAAGAAGCAUUUGUCGAUUGUGCAGACAAAUCGUGACAUUAUGAUUGCUAAGGCGGAAACUAAGGAGAGAAGGCAGAAAAAAUUGGAGCAAUUCUUCCGAGAGGCUUAUGCUCUCACGUUCGGACUGAGGCCGGGGGAGAGGAGGCGGAGGCGAUCCGAGGAGAGCGACGGGGGUGAAGUCGUCACUGUCAUGAGGACUUCUUUGUCGAAGAGCGAAUUUGCGAGUGCUUUGGGCAUGCGGCCCGACGCCGUCUUCGUUAAGAAGAUGUUUAAUAUUGUUGAUAAGGAUGGAGAUGGGAGGAUAUCGUUUCAGGAAUUUUUGGACACAGUAUUACUAUUUUCCCGAGGAAAAACCGAGGAUAAGUUGCGAAUUAUCUUCGACAUGUGCGACAAAGACAGCAACGGAGUUAUUGAUAAAGAGGAGCUCUCAGAAAUGCUGCGCUCAUUAGUGGAAAUAGCGAGGACUACCUCACUCUCAGACGAUCACGUAACUGAACUAAUCGAUGGAAUGUUCCAGGACGCAGGAUUGGAGCGCAAAGAUUACCUCACGUACAAUGAUUUCAAGCUCAUGAUGAAUGAGUACAAGGGGGAUUUCGUGGCCAUCGGAUUGGACUGCAAAGGAGCGAAACAGAAUUUUCUCGACACCUCGACUAAUGUCGCCAGAAUGACGACUUUUCAUAUCGAGCAGUUGCCCCCGGAGGCGACCAAGAGCUGGGCGCGGAAGCAGUGGGACGGGGUGUCGACGUUCUUGGAGGAGAAUAGACAAAAUAUAUUCUACUUAUUCAUCUUUUACGUGAUUACCAUUGCCCUCUUCGUGGAGCGAUUCAUUCAUUAUUCCUUCAUGACGGAGCACGUGGACCUUCGUCACAUAAUGGGGGUAGGGAUAGCCAUAACUCGGGGCUCCGCGGCUGCCCUCUCCUUCUGCUAUAGUCUGCUACUACUCACGAUGUCUCGAAAUUUGCUGACUAAACUCAAAGAGUUUUCCAUCCAGCAGUACAUUCCCCUGGACUCUCACAUUCAAUUUCACAAGAUAGCCGCCUGCACGGCCCUCUUCUUCUCGAUUCUGCACACUCUGGGCCACAUGGUGAACUUCUACCACGUGUCCACCCAACCGGUGUCUCACCUGAGGUGCCUCACGAGCGAGAUGAGCUUCCCGAGCGACGCCAGGCUCACCAUUUCAUUCUGGCUGUUCCAAACUGUUACAGGGAUCACCGGAAUACUUCUCGUUAUUGUGAUGACGAUUAUCUUCGUGUUUGCGCAUCCCACCAUCAGACAGAAGGCUUACAAAUUCUUCUGGUCGACUCACAGCCUUUACAUCGCUCUUUACGCCCUGUGUCUUAUUCACGGACUCGCUAGACUCACCGGGGAACCGAGGUUCUGGAUGUUCUUCAUUGGACCUGCCAUCAUAUACUCCCUCGAUAAAGUCGUUAGCCUCAGAACGAAAUACAUGUCAUUGGACAUAAUAGAAACGGAACUUCUCCCUUCAGACGUGAUAAAAAUAAAGUUCUACCGCCCACCGAAUUUAAAGUAUCUCUCGGGCCAGUGGAUUCGGCUGGCGUGCACGGCGUUCAAAUCCAAUGAGUUUCACUCGUUCACACUCACAUCAGCGCCGCACGAGAAUUUUCUCUCCUGCCACAUCAAGGCCCAGGGGCCCUGGACCUGGAAACUCCGGAAUUAUUUCGAUCCUUGCAAUUACAGUCCCGAGCAUGAGCACCCGAAAAUCAGGAUCGAGGGUCCUUUCGGCGGGGGAAAUCAGGACUGGUACAAGUUCGAAGUUGCUGUUAUGGUCGGAGGAGGAAUCGGCGUCACUCCUUACGCUUCUAUGCUCAAUGAUCUUGUUUUUGGGACUUCUACGAAUAGAUAUUCAGGGGUCGCCUGCAAGAAGGUGUAUUUCCUCUGGAUCUGCCCCUCCCACAAGCACUUCGAGUGGUUCAUAGACGUCCUGAGAGACGUAGAACGAAAGGAUGUGACAGAUGUACUCGAAAUCCACAUAUUCAUCACUCAAUUCUUCCACAAGUUUGAUCUCCGGACAACGAUGCUCUAUAUCUGUGAGAAUCACUUUCAAAGGCUGUCGAAAAAGAGUAUAUUCACGGGGCUCAAAGCUAUUAAUCACUUUGGUCGUCCAGACAUGACGUCAUUCUUGAAAUUUGUACAGAAGAAACACAGUUAUGUUAGUAAAAUAGGUGUCUUCAGCUGUGGACCGAGACCUCUGACUAAGAGCGUUAUGUCCGCCUGUGAUCAGGUCAACAAGGGUCGCAGGCUGCCAUAUUUCAUCCAUCAUUUCGAGAAUUUUGGAUGA